AUGGGCAGCAAAAAGAGAAAAGCCGGUCGCCCGGCGCAACCGAAAACAGCCCCUGAGCCCUCCAAGUUCGACAUCGAAGAGCGAUUUGACGACUCUGAAGAUGACUUCCAAACCGGCCGUGACCAGAUUCUACUUGAGGAAGGCCCCGAGGCAAAGAGACGGCGGAGAAUUGCUGAGGAAGAGGAAUUGAUCCAGCCCUCCGACGAAGAAAUCCUUGGAUAUGAAUCCGCAGAUGAGGAUGACGACCUCGAGGACUCAGAAGAAGAAGACGAAUAUGAUGAUUUGGGCGAGCCAAAGAAGGGUGGCGCCGAUUCAGAGGAAGAAGAUGAAGGCAUUGCCGCCUGGGGCACAUCGAAGAAGGAUCUUUAUAACGCAGAUCAGAUCGAGACCGAGGUUGAUGCAUUGGAGGAAGAGCAGGAGGCCAAGCGACUACAAAUGAAGCAGUUGCAGGCUAUGAAUGAGGCCGAUUUCGGGUUCGAUGAGUCUGAAUGGGUUGAAUCCGGCAAGGGUACCGAGGAUAGCGCCGAUGCUGGCGUGGUGACUGAAGUGCUUCCACAACUGGAGAUCACUGAGGAUAUGGAUACCGAUGAGAAGCUGAAGAUUUUGAAGUCGAGAUACCCCGAGUUUGAACCCCUGGCGAAUGACUUUGUCAAUCUUCAAAGCACCUUCAAGGAUCUUCAACAUGCAGCCUCGAAGGCUUCUUCAACAGACGACGACGAUGACGAUGAAGAGCCACAGCCAUCCCCAGUGCCCGUGGUGAAAUUCCGUGCGUUAUCUGCAUACCUUGGCACGAUCAGCAUGUACUUUAUGCUCCUCUCCUCCCCGUCUCCCGAUGCGACCAGCGAACAUGUUCCAAUGACCCCCGCCGAACUCCGACAACACCCUGUCAUGGGAUCGCUUGUCAAAUUCAGGAAGCUUUGGAACACCGUCAAGGAUCUCGAGGAGGAGAUCGAGGAACCCACUGAGGAGCUUAUCAAGGAGACUAAGACCGAGACCGCCGAGAAACAACCAAAGAUCAAAGAGACCAAAAAGCCGAAACAGAAGAAGCUCAGCAAGGCCGAGAUCGCACAAGCAGAGGCCGAAGCUCUCCGCGACGAGCGUCUCCGCCAAACAGAAGCCGGCCUCGUCGAUCUCGAAAACCUGGCCACCAAGCCCGCACAGAAGCGCAAGACACAAAAGAUCAAGGCACCUCUCAAGGAUGAUGACUCUGACUUCGGUGACGAGGAUGCCCUCACAGCCCACGAGGCAGAGGAGAAGGCCAAGCAGAAACGCUCACUCCGUUUCUACACCUCGCAACUGGCCCAGAAGUCCAACAAGCGCAACGCAGCAGGCCGGGAUGCCGGCGGAGACGCCGAUCUCCCAUACCGCGAACGUCUGCGUGACCGUCAAGCCCGUCUCAAUGUGGAAGCCGAGAAGCGCGGCCGCAAAGAACUCAAUCCCGACCAGCAGCUGGGCGGAGACAGUGACGAUGAGGAUCGCCGCGUCGCCAAGGAGCUCCGCCGCGGCGAGGGUGCCAAGGAUGACGAUGAUGACGAAUACUACGACAUGGUGGCAUCCCGCUCCAAGAAACGCAAGGACGAUAAGCAGGCUCGUGCAGAUGCCCACGCUGAGGCUGAGCGUCUUGGUGGAAAGGUCUAUGAGCAAGAGGUGGUUGGUGCGGAUGGUAAGCGUGCUAUCACGUACCAGAUCCAGAAGAAUAAGGGUCUGCACGCGAAGCGCAGCAAGGACUCGCGUAACCCGCGUGUUAAGAAGAGAAAGAAGUACGAGGAGAAGCAGAAGAAGCUUGGCAGUACUAAGCAACUGUACAAGGGUGGUGAGGCUCGCGGUGGAUACGCUGGUGAGCUUACGGGUAUCAAAAAGAACCUGGUCAAGAGUGUCAAACUGUGA